AUGGCCUCAGACACGGUCACUCACGGUCGACACAACCAAACAGGAAACAACAAGCUCUCUCUUUCCUCUCGUUCUCCCCUCCGCCCCAAUCGUCAGACUAAUAGCGUGAGUCCGCACACUCUGGCAGCCUGGAAUAUUCGUUCCCUGUCAGACAAUCCGAGGAGCAACCGACCGGAACGGAGGACAGCGCUAGUGGCUCGGGAACUGGCGCGCUACAACGUGGAGAUCGUCGCACCCAGCGAGACCCGAUUCUCUGAAGAAGGCCAACUGGAGGAGGCGGGUGCCGGUUACACCUUUUUCUGGAGCGGUCUCCCCAGGGCAGAGAGACGAGAGGCGGGUGUCGACUUCGCCAUCCGGAACGACAUCGUGGAACGACCGCCCUGUUUGCCGCAGGGCAUCAACGAUCGCCUGAUGAGCCCUCAUCUGUCUCUCCGGGGUGGGGGCAAAUUCGCCACCAUCAUCAGCGCCUAUGCUCCGCCGAUGAGCAGCCCCGACGCCGCCGCAAGAGACAAAUUCUACGAGGACCUGCACGCCCUCUUGGCGACUGUGUCGAAGGCGGACAAGUUGAUUGUCCUUGGCGACUUCAACGCUCGCGUCGGCACAGACCACACUGCCUGGAGAGGAGUGCUGGGUCCCCACGGUCUCCGCGGCUCAAACGACAAUGGUCUGCUGCUGCUCCACACCUGCGCAGAACACCGCCUCAUCCUGACGAACACGUUCUUCUGUCUGCCGGAGCGAGAGAAGGCCACCUGGAGGCAUCCUCGGUCGCGUCAGUGGCACCUGCUGGACUAUGUCCUCGUCCGGAGGCGAGAUUAG